GUAAAACAUACUGCAUUUUUGCAACUUGGUCCAUUCAUUGCAACGUUCGCAAAUAAAACGGAAGCCGAACUGGAGAUACGAAAUGGCCGACUGGUGGCCGCAAAUUCAGAUAUAGCCGAAAAUGGAGAAAAAUCGGGAUAUGAGGACGAAAAAAGCAUGGAGGAUGAUGAGAGCAACGACUUCUACAGCCAGUUGCCACCGAGUGUUGUAAUUCCCGGUACGGAUACAAUCGAUGAUGAACCAGCAAACCAGUCAUCCUCCGAACUGCAAAAACUGGAAAGAACUGAUUCGGAUGACAUAGCAGAUAGUAUGGAAAAAUGUGAAGUCAAGGAACAGAAUUCAAUGGAAGUGGACAAUGACGAUGUUGAGAUUUCUUUUGAGGGACCAUCACAUAUGGAGGAAGACGAUGAUACCGAUGCUUUUGGCGAGAUCACUUUCUGGUCGCCGGGCUAUGUCGAUGUCGACUUGAGCUCCUACGGCAAGAGUGCUACGCCAAGAAAAAGCGAAAACGACGAGCUAGCAAAGGCGGAGUUUAUGCAUCGAAGGACGGGAACAUUUUUCGAAACAUCGCAUUGCGUGAGCGUUUGUGUUUUCGACAAUGUAGGAUAA